AUCAUUCACCAUGUCUAGCUGUAAGAAAUUCUUCCAGCUUCAUUUCAGUCCUUACUUGAAGACAUUCGUCGUCAUAUUAACUCCGUUGUUGCUUCUACCAUUGGUCUUUCACGGAGCGGAAGCCCGUGCUGGCUAUGGCGUCUUGCUUAUGACCAUUUACUGGCUCACGUCGGCUCUACCAGUGGCCGUUACUAGUCUUUUACCUAUUGUUAUCUUCCCGUUGAUGGACAUUUUGAGCACGUCUGAAGUUUGCUCUCUGUACAUCAAAGAGUCCAACAUUGUCUUCUUCGGUGGCGUCGUGCUGGCACUAGGCGUCGAACGGUCCAAUCUACAUCGCAGAAUAGCACUUAGAGUCAUACUCACAUUUGGCACCAAUCCACGAUGGCUCAUGUUGGGUUUUAUGAUGGUCAGUAUGCUCCUGUCGCUGUGGAUUUCAAAUUCAGGAGUCACGGCCAUGUUGAUCCCGAUUGUGGACGCUGUCGUCGACGAACUGUUUCAAGAUACCAAGGAUGUAGAAUUAGGAAUGAACGGUAUCACUUCACUUCCGGGUCACUCGGCUACCGUGCACGAGAAAGAGCAGCCGACUGAGCGAAGCAAUGAAGGGGUCGAUAUGAAACGCAGAAUCAAAGUUCCAUUCCUGAUGGCCGUCAGUUACACGGCCAGUAUUGGCGGAACGGGAACUUUGAUUGGUUCAGGACCGCCGUUGGCUUUCAAAGGAAUUCUUGAAGAGUUGUACGGAUCUGAAACUGGGCUAAGUUUUGCUACCUGGAUGGCUAUCGGCGUUCCCGUUGCAUUGAUUACUACCCUCCUCGCCUGGGUCUGGCUUCAAAUUCUUUUCAUGGAUAACUUCAAAUCAAGGCAAGAAAGUGGCAUGAGGAGCAAAACAGAAAUCAAGUCAUCGAUUCGAAGCCAAUACAGAGAACUUGGGCCGAUUACCUUUUACGAAAAAUCUAUCGUGUUUCUCUUUGUCUUGUUGAUUGUCUUGUGGGUCUCCAAAGACCCGCAAUUCAUGCCCGGAUGGGAGGAUUUGUUCCCUCUCGAGCAUCGAAUCGGUGAUGCAACUGUAGCCAUUGCUAUUGUCCUUCUGGCAUUCAUUAUGCCAUCCAAGCCGAAUUUCUGGUGCUUUAGCAAACCGGGAAAAGCACCUGGCUCCAGUCCAGCUUUACUCGAGUGGAGUUACGUCCAGCAGAGAUUUCCUUGGAGUGUUCUACUUUUACUAGGUGGAGGCUUUGCCAUUAGCGACGCUUCUAAAGCAUCUGGAUUGUCUUUUAUGCUCGCCAAUCACCUCUCUGCUUUGGCGGCCUUACCUCCGUUUGCCGUUAUGUUUCUCGUAUGUCUACUAGCCUCCGCAAUGACCGAAAUAGCCUCAAACGCAGCCGUCGCUUCCAUCUUGCUCCCAAUCGUAGCUCAAAUUGGUGAAGUGACUAAUAUGAAUCCAUUAUACCUUAUGAUUCCCGUCACCUUCAGCUGCUGUCACGCCUUCAUGUUGCCCGUUGGUACACCCAGCAACGCCAUGGUAUUUUCAGCCGGAAAAAUGAAAGCUGGAGAAAUGAUUAAAGCUGGGGUAGUCAUGAAUAUUAUCAGCAUACUUGUCUUAUGCAUAGAUGUUCGCGAUCUGUUGAGGAACUGGAGAGAGGAAAACUGUCGGCAAAGUGAAGAUGUCGUUGAUCUGUGGAAUGAAGUAUUGGCAAAUCACUUUGGUAAAUUGGGGGAUGAAGGAUGGCUCGUUUUAGAGCAAGUAUUUAUUGCAGCGCUUGAUUGUCACAACAUGGAGGUGGCCAAUUUCUGUCUUUCAAAAUUGAAUCAAGAGUUUCCUGAUAGUUUGAGAGUAAAAAGACUCAAAGCAAUGAAAUAUGAGGCUUCAGAAAAGUAUGAACAUGCUUUAGAUAUUCUUGAUUUAAUCAUCAAGAAGGAUGAAACCAAUGCUGCUUCUCGUAAGCGUAAGGUGACAAUCUACAAAUCUCAGGGAAUGAUUAUUGAGGCCAUUAAAGAGUUGACUGACUAUCUCAGAAUCUUCAUGGCUGACCAAGAAGCAUGGAUGGAAUUGUGUGACCUUUACAUCAGCCAACAGGAGUGGAAUAAAGCUGCUUUUUGUGUUGAAGAGUUGUUGCUGCACAGUCCUUUCAACCAUUUGUACCUUCAGAGAUAUGCAGAAAUCAAGUAUACUCAGGGAGGCUAUGAAAAUCUUGAAGUAGCAAGGUCUUACUAUUCCCAAGCAGCCAAAUUGAAUCCAAAGAAUGUUAGAGCCUUGUAUGGACUUAUGCUUACCUCUGUGCACAUGGCAUCUAAUUCAAAAUGCCCUUCUCAAAAGAAGAAAGAGAGCAUCAAAUUGAGCGAGUGGGCAACGAAUCAACUGUCUCAACUUCAGGACUCGAACGACAGCAAGCUGUUUUCAUCUCAAAUCCUUGAAGGAAUGGGAAAUUUGCAGAUUGGCAACGAUUCUAAAAAUAAUCCCCAAUCAAUACUUACGCAGUGCCGUCAGUUCGAACCGGUCAUUGUCGUAAAAAUGAUGAAAGAGUGCGGUUUACUUUUCGUUUGCUGGGCGACUGUGGUGUUGGCUGGAAUAUUACAACCUCUUCCCAGCCAUUCAGCGAUGGGAGACUGCCGAUCCAACGAAGAUUGUGGUCCCAACCGGUGCUGCCUACUUGGUAUGAUGCGGUACAGUACGCCGUGGUGCGCGCCAUUAUUGAAUUUAGGUGAAGACUGUCGACCGACCAGCAGUAACGAGCCUUCAAUAACCAAUAGAACGCUGGCUUACCCUGGAGGCCUUGAAAUCUUCCUUAAAGAUGCUUAUCAGAUUCUCUGCCCGUGUGACGCCAAUCAAGGACUCGUCUGCAGUCACCUAAGCGCGACGUGCAUCUCCGACGAAAGCCUGAAUGACAUUUCACCACUCUAAAACUCGAUCGACCUGAUUUUUGUUUGUUUCAAAAUUCUUCUCUCUCUUUCUUUUUUAAAUGUCAAAUUAUUUCACGUGCGAUUUCGUCGAUUAAAAUAAACCACAACAAAAAAACCGAA